AUGAACUUACCAGGCUCUUGGCUUCUAUCAGGAGAAAUGUAUAAGCAUUCUUCAAGAAUUCACAAAGAUAACACACUCUCUAAGGAACAAAAAGCUGCAAUUCUUAAGAAAGAACCAAGAAACUCUAAUAUUAAAUACUCUCUACCGACUAUAGGCAAAAGAAUGUGGAAGUUACUAUCCCCUCAAUCUAGAGAAUUAGAUAAAUUUAUGACAAAAAUAUUAUACAGAACAUCUGCAGUACUUCGCUCACUUGAUAAUAUACUUAGAGCAUUAUAUCAAUCAACAGUGACUAUUUGGCAUUGCAAAUGGCAACAGGUCCUUAAAACUAUUUCACCAAACUAUCAAAACCUCUUGGAUAUAAACAAAGUAUUUGGGGAAGAUCUUAAGGAUUUGGUUGAAAGAGAGAGUGCUACAAACAAGUUUAUUAAUGAAGCUUUUAGGAACAAGGCUCAUGCUUCAAAUCGAAGCAAUACCAGUAAUUUUAAAAGGCCAACUACUUUUUAUUCUAUAUACAAUAAAAAUAAUAUAAGCUGA